AUGGCGCCGGAGCAGGAGCGGCGGCGGCGGCGGCAGGUCCAAGCCCGUGAUGGAUCGGUUGCUUCAUUGUCUGGUAAACGGAAGGAAUCGCCCUGCCAGCCGGAAGAUGAUAACCAAGGUGUCAAAAGAACGAGAAAUCUAUGGACCAUGCUUACAGAGGACAUCUGGUAUCAUAUACAUUCCUUCUUGCCAAUACAAGAUGCUGCCCGUGCUGCAUGUGUGUUGCACACAUUUCUACGUUCCUGGAGACAUCGUCCCAACCUCUUUUUCAGUAAGAUAGAACUGGGACUGAAUGGCAAUUUGCUGGAAAGUGGUAAAGUAGUAAGGGAACUUGACGAAAUAGUUGACCACACUAUGAAAAACCACUCAGGCAUUGGCCUGAGGACAUUCGGGCUUAGUUAUCAUAAUUCAAUCGACAACUCUUACCUCGACCGUUGGCUCCAGAUUGCAAUUACACCAGCAAUUGAAGAACUCGUCCUUACACUGUAUCCAGAAUACAAGGCAAAGUACUACAACAUCCCAUUCUCACUUUUGUUCAAUAGGGGUGGAAGCUCAAUUAAGCACCUUCGUCUCAGCUACUGUGCCUUCCGUCCAACCAGUGGACUUAAUUGCUUGCAAAGACUGCAUCUUUGUGAAGUGCGCAUUACUGGGUACGAAUUAGGGUGCCUUCUUUCCAACUCUUUUGCUUUAGAGCACUUGAAACUCACACGCUGCAAAGAGCUCAAUUACCUCAAGAUACCUUGCAUGCUACAAAGACUCACCAAGAUGACGGUUUUUGAAUGCAAAGCAUUGCAAGUGAUUGAAAUUAAAGCUCCAAACCUUUCAACCUUCGAUUAUGAUGGUAAUCUAGCACGACUAUCAGAUGGAGGUUUACUACCAGUGAAGAACCUACACUUGUCCUCCUAUUAUCAGCAUGACAUUAUUCCUUAUGCCUAUGCCAAGCUCCCAUCCACUGCACCAAAUAUUGAAACUCUCACCAUGUGUUCAGCAAGAGAGAGGUUCGGUAUGCAAAUUUCACCUUCCAGAUUCCUCCACCUCAAGUUCUUAAUGAUUUCUCUUACCAUAUACAGUGGGGUCUUUUCCCGAUCAUAUGAUUAUCUUUCUCUAGCUUAUUUUCUCAAUGCAUCUCCUGUCUUGGAGACUUUCACUUUGACUGUAUCACAGACCGUGAAGCAUGAAAUGACUUCUGCAGAUUCCUCUCAUCUGAGACAGAUACCAGGACACUGCUAUGGAAACCUCAAGAAUGUGAAGAUCAUUGGCUUUUGCUCUGCAAAAAGCAUGAUAGAGCUGACUACUCAUAUUAUUGAGAAUGCAGCGUCACUUGAACGCCUUACCCUAGACACAAUAUGUGAUGAUUAUGAAAAUCCUGACAGACAAUCUGUUCACGAAAUUGGUGAGUGUAGUCCCAUAUAUAGGCAUAUGAUCAGGGAAGCCGAAAUCGCGCUGUUGGCUAUCAGGAGAUACGUUGCGGAUAAGGUGCCCUCUACUGUUAAGUUUGAUGUUCUGAAGCCCUGCAGCUGGUGCCAUGCCGGUAAAGUUUAGGUGUUAAAUUGUGAUUUGUGCCGAUGUUGAAUUAUGUGGUGUUGCUUGAGUCGUGUGUGACUUGUUUCUUGCGCUACUGGAUGCAUCUUCUUCUGUAUUAGGUCUCGCAGUACUACACGAGUUCCGCUUUCUCGGUGUUCUGCUGUCAUGUUACCUGCACUAUAGUUCAGUUAUACCAUAAUCGACUUAUAAAAAAAAAGUUAUAUCAUA